CCGCGUUAUACCUGGCAUGCCGGCGGCUCCAUUCAGAUUGAUUAAGGGCAGAGUCACGCCGUCUCCUUCUGCCAGUCACGUAUCUGGUCUGGAAUUUGGGCCCUUCGAAUAGGCAAUCUGCAAAUGUAGGGUGGUAUCCACAUCUGAUAGGGGUCGCUUCUCCCGGCCCCAGCGAUCCGGGUUGAAAAUGGCGAUGGCUUGAGAGAAUCCGGGGAUGGGGCAGAUUGCGGUGGUUUUUAUAUAGAGCAAGGGACGCUUCUCUCGAGAGCCUGUCUGCGUCUGCUUUUGGUCUCAGGUUCAUCUCGGUUUUCACCUUCAUAUCGCAAUGUUCGGAUCUGUUGCGCUUCUCAGCGCUCUUGUUAGCGCAGUGUCUGCAGGCACAAUCCUGUGGGAUGGCCGCUUCAACGAUAUGACAUCGAGCGCUGACCUCAACAAAUGGUCAUGGGCGAACCAGGUCGGAAACUACCAGUACUACAUCCACGGAUCCGGCGCCGUCACCAAAUACGUCAACCUGUCCCCCAGCUACAAGAACCCGGCGGACGAGGGCUCCAAGCAGGGGGCAAAGAUCACCAUCGACAACACGGCCAAGUGGAACUCGGACAUGUGGAGGACCGAGCUCAUUCCCCAGACCAAGGCCGCCAUCAACAAGGGGACUGUGUACUACCACUUCUCGAUCAAGCGCUCGACGACCAACGUCCCGAGCGCGACCAACGAGCACCAAAUCUGCUUCUUCGAGAGCCACUUCACGGAGCUCAAGUACGGCUGGGUCAAUGGCGAGCAGGGCACCAGCAACACCAACCUGCAGUGGAUGGUCGGCGGGCAAAGCAAGUGGAAGGUCCAGCUCGAGGCGGAUGUCUGGCACAAUGUUGCUUAUGAGAUUAACUUCUCCUCCAACCAGGUCACCUUCUGGCACUCCACUGGAGCCGACCCGCUUACCAAAACUGCCGGUCCUUUCUCGACUAGCACGUCGUCCAACGGUGCGGAUUGGCAUCUUGGUGUUCUGCGUCUCCCUCGCCAGGGCAAUGACGGCACUGGCGCUGAGGACUGGUACUUCAGCGGCGUCUAUAUUGAGAGCGGUUCCUUGACGACGUCGGUGAAUAGCCCUGCUGCUUAAGGGGCUGGGAUAUGUCGGUACAUGGAUGUGUGUCACACGCACAGUAUGGUACUCGAAAUAGAUGCCGCCACAACUUUUGCCAUCGCCCGUGUCUUGCUUAAUGCAUGCAUAAAACUGUUGCAUGAUAUUUAGAUUCAGUGAGACGUAAGACACGCACUUGCAUGACUAUACAAAGAAUCUGUAUCGGC